AUGCCAGACCCCAGAAUCGAUUAUCUGGAGACAGUGUCUUCUGUCCUCCUCAAGUUCAAGGCGGACAAGUGGGGCAAACUGAUCGGAGCAGAGGAGAACAUGGCCCUGUUCACCGAGUUCUUCGACAAAAUAGAUAACCCCGUCCUGGUGCUGACGCUCAAUGCUGCUGGGAUGAUCAUUCCUUGCCUGGGCUUCCCAGAGUCCCUCAAGACCAAAGGAGUUUACUUCAUCAAGACGAAGCCGGAGAACAUCACCAAGGACAACUACAAGACCCGCCUCAUCUACGGGGACAUCAGCCCCACCCCCGUGGACCAGUUGAUUGCAGUAGUGGAGGAGGUCCUCUACUCACUGCUAAACCAGAGUGAGAACAUGGAUGGAUGGCCCCGGGUAGUGUCAGAAGACAUUGUGAAGCAGGUCCACAGACUGAAGAACGAGAUGUUUGUGAUGGGAGGCAAGAUCAAGGGGAAAACCCUGCUGCCUAUCCCCGAGCACCUAGGCAGCUUGGACGGCACGCUGGACUCCAUGGAGAGGAUCCCCUCCUCCAUGGACAACUCGCUCCUGCACUCCAUCGAGACAAUCAUCAUCGACUGGUCCCAUCAAAUCCGGGACGUGCUGAGCAAGGACUCAGCUCAGGCCCUGCUGGACGGACUGCACCCCCUGCCCCGGGUAGAAUUUGAGUUCUGGGACGCCCGGCUCAUGAACCUGCAGUGCAUCCACGAGCAGCUAAACAGGCCCAAGGUGAACAAGAUAGUUGAGAUCCUGGAAAAAGCCAAAAGCUGCUACUGGCCAGCCCUACAAAACGUCUACAUGAACGUCACCCAAGGGCUGAAGGAAGCCAAUGACAUCGUCUUAUACCUAAAGCCCCUGCGCAUCCUGUUGGAGGAGAUGGAGCAGACCGACUUCACCAUGCUCCCCAGCUACAUUGUCAAGGUGCUGAGCACCAUCUGCUUCAUCUGGGCCACCUCCGAGCACUACAACACGCCCUCCAGGGUCAUCGUCAUCCUCCGGGAGUUCUGCAACCAGAUCAUCGAAAUGACUAGAACCUACCUGAGCCCGGACGAGGUGCUGAAGGGCCUGCAGGGAGAGAUAGAGGAGGUCCUGAACAACAUCUCCCUGUCGGUGGGCGUUCUCAAGGAGCUCUUCCACGCCUACGACUUCUGCUGUGCCAACAUGAAGCUUUUCUUUAAGGACAGGCCGCCCGUGCCGUGGGAAUUCCCUUCGUCCCUCGCCUUCUCCCGCAUGAAUUCCUUCUUCCACCGCGUGCAGACCAUUGAGGACCUUUACAAGACGGCCAUUGAGUUUCUGAAGCUGGAGAAGAUCGAGCUGGGGGGUGUGCGGGGCAACAUCCUGGGGAACCUGGUGACCCAGAUCUACGAUGAGGUCUUCGAACUGGUCAAGGUCUUUGCUGAGUGCAAGUACGACCCUCUGGACCCUGGAGACUCUAGUUUUGAUGAUGAUUACAAUGACUUUGAGACGAAGAUCCAAGACCUGGAUAGGAGGCUGGCCACCAUCUUCUGCCAAGCCUUUGACGACUGCAACUGCAUUGAGUCUUCCGCAAAGCUCCUGUACAUGUGCGGGGGCCUCCUGGAACGACCCCUGAUCCUUGUCGAGGUGGUACCCAGGUACUCGGUCAUGCUGGAGAUGUUCAAUACGGAGCUUGACAACGCCAAACUCAUGUACGAUGCCCAGAUGGCGGCCUCCGAAGACGGCCAGAUACCACCCAUCCACAAAAACAUGUCCCCCGUGUCUGGGCAGCUCAAGUGGAGCCUGGAGCUGCAGGAGAGGCUUGAGGUGUCCAUGAAGCACCUGAAACACAUCGAGCACCCGGUCAUGUCCAGUGUGGAGGCCAAGCUGAUCUACGACAAGUACGACGAGAUGAUGGGGUUGCUGCAAAGCUGCCGGCAGAAGAAAUACCAGCAGUGGGUGGAGGGUGUGGACCAGGACUGCCACUUCAACCUGGGGCAGCCACUCAUCCAGCGUGACCCGUACACCAGCCUCAUCCAAGUCAACUUCAGCAAGGCGUUAGUGGCAGUCCUGAGAGAAGUGAAAUAUUUGAACUUCCAGCAGCAGAAAGAGAUUCCAGAGAGUGCGGAGAAGCUCUACUCAGAGAAUGAAACCUUCCGGAAGUUCGUGGGCAACCUGGAGCUCAUUGUUGGCUGGUACAAUGAGAUAAAGACUACGGUGAAGGAUGUGGAGUUCCCGCUGAUCAGGUCAGAACUGGAAGCGAUUGAUGUGAAGCUGCUGAGCGCUGAGACCACGUUGUUCUGGAAUGGCGAAAACGUGAUUGAGUACAUCCAGGAGAUGCGGGAGAUGCUGCACAACCUGCAGAACCGGAUCCAGAAAGCCAAGCAAAACGUAGAAGGGAUCACCCAGGCCAUGCAGGAGUGGUCGGCCAACCCCCUGUUUGAAAGGAAGGACAACAAGAAGGAGGCCCUGCUGGACCUGGAUGGCAGGGUGGCCAACCUGAACAAGCGUUACGCUGCGGUCAAGGACGCUGGUGUGAGAAUCCAAGCCAUGGUUGCGGAAAAUGCAGAACUGUUCAGAGCAGAUACAACCAGCCAGUCCUGGAAGGAUUAUGUAAACUAUAUUGACGCCAUGGUCUUAGAUGAGUUUGACCACUUCAUCCGCAAAUCACUAAAUUACUUAACGGACAACAUGACUAUGGAUGAGAGCGUCGCUCCCCUGUUUGAGAUCCGCAUGGAGCUGGAUGAAGACGGUCUGACCUACAACCCAUCUCUGGAGAUGGGCGACGAGAGCGGCUUCCUGUCACUGAUCGAGGGCUUGAUCAAUGACCUCUACAAUGUGGCCAGGCUCAUCCCUCGCCUGGCCAAGGGCAGAACGAACUACAAGACCAACCUGGAGGAUAUCACAGACCUCAUAGAGAUGCGGGAGGAAGUGUCCAGCCUGGUCAUUGGGGCCAUGAAGGUGGCUGAGGAGUACCAGGACUCCUUUGAGAGGUACUCCUACCUCUGGGUGGAUGACCUUCAAGAGUUUAUGAAGAACUUCCUCAUCUUCGGGCACGCGCCCACCCCUGAGGAGCUGGACACCAAGACAGACGACACCAUCCCCAAGACACCACCUACCCUGGCUCAGUUCCAGCAGCAGAUUGACUCAUAUGAGAAGCUGUAUGAGGAGGUGUCCAGAUGUGAGAACACCAAGGUUUUCCACGGCUGGCUACAGUGUGACUGCCGCCCCUUCAAGCAGGCCUUGCUCAACACCAUCAAGCGCUGGAGCUUCCUGUUCAAGCGAUACCUGAACAACCACGUCAUCAACAGCCUUGCUGAUCUGGAAAGCUUCAUGAACAUCACUCGAACAGCCCUGAAGAAGCCACUUAAGGAGGGAGACUAUGACGGGCUGGUGGAGGUCAUGGGGCACCUGAUGAAAGUCAAGGAGAGGCAGGUGGCCACCGAUAGCAUGUUUGAGCCCCUGAAGCAAACCAUCGAACUGCUCAAGAGCUAUGGGGAGGAGAUGCCGGAGGAGAUCUACUUGAAGCUGCAGGAGCUGCCAGAGCAGUGGACCAACACCAAGAAACUGGCCAUUCAGGUGAAGCAGAAUGUGGCACCCCUCCAGGCCAAUGAGGUUAACAUCCUGAGACGAAAGUGCCAGCAGUUUGAGCUCAAGCAGCAUGAAUUCAGAGAGAAGUUCCGACGUGAUGCCCCCUUCUCCUUCAGUGACCCCGACCCCUACAAGUCCCUGAAUAAGAUUUAUUUCUUAUAUGGUGUGAUGGAGGCGCUGUGCAAGUCUGCCAGCCUCUUCGAGGUCACAGUGCCAGACUACAAGCAGCUGAAGGCCUGCCACAGGGAGGUCCGUCUGCUGAAGGAGCUCUGGGACAUGAUCGUCAUGGUCAACACCAGCAUCGAUGACUGGAAGACCACCAAGUGGAAGGACAUCAAUGUGGAGCAGAUGGACAUUGACUGUAAGAAGUUUGCCAAGGAUGUGAGGUCUUUGGACAAGGAGAUGAAACCCUGGGAUGCCUUUGUGGGACUGGACAACACCGUGAAAAACAUGAUCACGUCCCUGCGCGCUGUGAGCGAGCUGCAGAACCCCGCCAUCCGUGACCGUCACUGGCAACAGCUCAUGCAGGCCACUCAGGUGAAAUUUGAAAUGUCAGAAGACACCACCCUGGCAGAUCUGCUACAGCUGAACCUCCACAAGUAUGAGGACGAGGUCCGCAACAUUGUAGACAAAGCCGUAAAGGAGUCCGGGAUGGAGAAGGUGCUGAAGACCCUGGACAUCACCUGGACCACCAUGGAAUUUGAGCACGAGUUACACCCACGGACAGGCACCAUGAUGCUCAAGUCAGACGAAGUGCUGGUGGAGACGCUGGAGGACAACCAGGUGCAGCUGCAGAACCUGAUGAUGUCCAAGUACCUGUCGCACUUCCUGAAGGAGGUGACCAGCUGGCAGCAGAAGCUGUCCACCGCAGACUCGGUCAUCUCCAUCUGGUUUGAGGUCCAAAGAACCUGGAGCCACCUGGAGAGUAUCUUCAUCGGCUCAGAAGACAUCAGAGCCCAGCUGCCAGAGGACUCUAAGCGCUUUGACGUCAUCGACCAGGAAUUCAAAGCUUUGAUGGCAGAUGCCGUGAAGACACCAAACGUGGUGGAAGCCACCAACAAACCGGGUCUCUAUAACAAACUGGAGAAGCUGAAGACAAGCUUGGCUGUGUGUGAAAAGGCGCUGGCUGAAUAUCUGGAGACCAAGAGGCUGGCGUUCCCACGGUUCUAUUUCGUCUCCUCUGCUGAUCUGCUUGAUAUUCUCUCCAACGGAAAUGACCCCGUGGAGGUGAGCCGCCACCUGUCCAAGCUCUUCGACAGCCUGUGUAAGCUCAAGUUCCGCCUUGAUGCUAGUGGGAAGCCACUCAAGUUUGGGCUGGGGAUGUACAGCAAGGAAGACGAGUUCGUGGAGUUUGAUAAGGAGUGUGACCUCUCCGGGCAGGUGGAAGUGUGGCUGAAUCGCGUGCUGGACCGAAUGUGUGCCACAUUGCGCCACGAAAUUCCAGAAGCCGUGGUGACUUACGAGGAGAAACCGAGGGAACAAUGGAUCUUUGACUACCCAGCCCAGAUCUGGUGGACGACCGAGGUGGGCCUGGCGUUCGCAAGGCUGGAGGAAGGAUAUGAAAAUGCCAUCAAAGACUACAACAAAAAGCAGAUCAGCCAGCUGAACGCGCUCAUCACUCUGCUCAUUGGAAAUCUCAGCGCCGGCGACAGGAUGAAGAUCAUGACCAUCUGCACCAUCGAUGUGCAUGCCCGAGACGUGGUGGCCAAGAUGAUCACCGUGGAGAGCUCGCAGGCCUUCACCUGGCAGUCACAGCUUCGACACCGCUGGGACGAGGAAAAAAGGCACUGCUUCGCCAACAUCUGUGACGCCCAGAUCAAAUACUCAUACGAGUACCUGGGUAACACGCCUCGGCUGGUCAUCACCCCACUCACAGACAGGUGCUACAUCACGCUCACGCAGUCCCUCCACCUGAUCAUGGGCGGAGCCCCUGCAGGCCCCGCUGGCACGGGUAAGACAGAGACAACCAAGGACCUGGGCAGAGCCCUGGGCACCAUGGUGUAUGUCUUCAACUGCUCGGAGCAGAUGGACUACAAGUCCUGUGGAAACAUCUACAAGGGCCUGGCACAGACGGGAGCCUGGGGUUGCUUUGAUGAGUUUAACCGGAUCUCGGUGGAGGUCUUGUCUGUGAUUGCUGUACAGGUAAAGUGUGUCCAAGAUGCAAUUCGGGCCAAGAAAAAGAAGUUUAACUUCUUGGGAGAGAUAAUAAGCCUUAUCCCCACCGUGGGCAUCUUUAUCACCAUGAAUCCUGGCUACGCCGGGCGCACGGAGCUGCCGGAGAACUUGAAGGCCCUAUUCAGGCCCUGCGCCAUGGUGGUCCCUGAUUUCGAGUUGAUCUGUGAGAUCAUGCUGGUGGCCGAGGGCUUCCUGGAUGCUCGCCUCCUGGCCCGGAAGUUCAUCACCCUCUACACCCUGUGCAAAGAGCUGCUCUCAAAGCAGGACCAUUAUGACUGGGGCCUUCGUGCCAUCAAAUCUGUGCUGGUGGUAGCCGGCUCCUUGAAGAGGGGGGAUCCUACCCGGGCAGAGGACCAGGUGCUCAUGAGGGCCCUGAGAGACUUCAACAUCCCUAAGAUCGUGACCGAUGACCUGCCCGUGUUCAUGGGGCUGAUCGGUGACCUCUUCCCGGCUCUGGAUGUGCCCCGGAAGCGAGACCUGAAUUUUGAGAAGAUCAUCAAACAGAGCAUCGUGGAGCUCAAGCUUCAGGCUGAAGACAGCUUUGUGCUGAAAGUCGUACAGCUGGAAGAGCUGCUUCAAGUCCGACACUCGGUCUUCGUCAUUGGGAAUGCGGGCAGCGGCAAAUCCCAGGUCCUCAAAUCCCUCAACAAGACCUACCAGAACCUGAAGAGGAAGCCCGUGGCGGUGGACCUGGACCCGAAGGCCGUCACCUGUGAUGAGCUGUUUGGCAUUAUCAACCCGGCGACCAGGGAGUGGAAAGACGGCCUGUUCUCAACCAUCAUGCGGGACCUGGCCAACCUCACUCACGAUGGUCCCAAGUGGAUUGUCCUGGACGGGGACAUAGAUCCCAUGUGGAUUGAGUCCCUCAACACGGUCAUGGACGACAACAAGGUCCUCACCCUGGCCAGCAACGAGCGAAUUCCCUUGAAUCGCACCAUGAGGCUGGUGUUUGAGAUCAGCCACCUGAGGACAGCCACCCCGGCCACCGUCUCUAGGGCCGGCAUACUCUACAUCAACCCUGCCGAUCUAGGGUGGAACCCGGUGGUGAGCAGCUGGAUUGAGAGGCGCAAGGUGCAGUCGGAGAAGGCCAACCUGAUCAUCCUCUUCGACAAGUACCUGCCCACGUGCCUGGACAAGCUGCGCAUCGGCUUCAAGAGGAUCACCCCUGUGCCCGAAAUCACAGUCGUCCAGACCAUCCUGUACCUGCUGGAGUGCCUGCUCACGGAGAAGAACGCCCCGCCCGACUCCCCCAAGGAGCUGUAUGAGCUGUACUUCGUGUUCUCCUGCUUCUGGGCCUUUGGGGGCGCCAUGUUCCAGGAUCAGCUCAUUGAUUAUCGAGUGGAGUUCAGCAAGUGGUGGAUCAAUGAAUUUAAAACAAUCAAGUUACCCUCGCAGGGGACCAUUUUUGACUACUACAUUGACCCUGAAACAAAGAAAUUCCUGCCUUGGACAGAUAAAGUGCCUAACUUUGAGCUGGAUCCCGACAUCCCACUACAGGCCUCUCUAGUCCACACCACAGAAACCAUCCGCAUCCGGUACUUCAUGGACCUGCUCAUGGAGAAGGCGUGGCCCGUGAUGCUGGUGGGCAACGCGGGCACUGGCAAGUCGGUGCUGAUGGGGGACAAGCUGGAGAACCUCAGCACCGACGACUACCUGGUGCAGGCUGUGCCUUUCAACUUCUACACGACGUCAGCCAUGCUGCAGGGGGUGCUGGAGAAGCCUCUGGAAAAGAAGUCAGGGAGGAACUACGGCCCCCCAGGGACUAAGAAGCUGAUCUAUUUCAUCGAUGACAUGAACAUGCCGGAGGUGGACAAGUAUGGCACGGUGGCCCCACACACCCUCAUCCGCCAGCACAUGGACCACAGGCACUGGUAUGACCGGCAGAAACUGACCCUGAAGGACGUGCAUAACUGUCAGUAUGUGGCUUGCAUGAACCCUACAUCUGGCUCCUUCACCAUUGACCCCAGACUACAGCGCCACUUCUGCGUGUUUGCUGUGAGCUUCCCUGGCCAGGAGGCCCUUACCACCAUCUACAACACAAUCCUGGCACAACACCUGUCAUUCCGUUCAACCCCCUUGGUGAUCCAGCGGCUGAGCAGCCACCUGGUGAAUGCAGCCCUGGCCUUGCACCAGAAAAUCGCAGCAACGUUCCUUCCCACGGCCAUUAGGUUUCAUUACAUCUUCAACCUCAGGGACCUCUCCAAUAUAUUCCAGGGCAUCUUAUUCUCCACAGCAGAGAUUCUGAAAACCCCGCUGGACCUCGUCCGCCUUUGGUUGCACGAGGCUGAGCGAGUGUACGGGGACAAGAUGGUUGAUGAGAAAGACCAGGAGACGCUGCACAGGGUCACCAUAGCAUCCGUCAAGAAAUUCUUUGAUGAUCUCGGGGAGGAAAAUCUCUUCGCCAAACCCAACAUCUUCUGCCACUUCACGCAAGGGAUUGGUGACCCCAAGUACUUCCCCGUCACGGACGUGGCACUCCUGAACAAACUGCUCAGGGACGUGCUGGACAGUUACAAUGAAGUCAACGCAGUCAUGAACCUGGUGCUGUUUGAGGACGCGGUGGCUCACAUCUGCAAGAUUAACCGUAUCCUGGAGUCUCCUCGGGGAAAUGCCCUGUUGGUGGGUGUGGGCGGCAGUGGGAAGCAGAGCCUCUCACGCCUAGCCGCCUACAUCAGCGCCCUGGAUGUCUUCCAGAUCACACUCAAGAAAGGCUACGCAGUCCCAGACCUCAAGGUGGACCUGGCUACCCAGUACAUCAAGUCCGCGGUAAAGAAUGUGCCCUCAGUGUUCCUGAUGACGGACUCCCAGGUGGCUGAGGAGCAGUUCCUGGUGCUGAUCAAUGACUUGCUGGCCUCCGGGGAAAUCCCAGGCUUGUUUGGGGACGACGACCUUGAAAACAUCAUCUCUUCCAUGCGGCCACAGGUGAAAUCCCUCGGUAUGGCCGACACUCGAGAGGCAUGCUGGAAAUUCUUCAUCGAGAAAGUACGCAGGCAGCUCAAGGUGAUUCUGUGUUUCUCCCCUGUGGGCUCUGUCCUGCGUGUGCGAGCCCGGAAGUUCCCUGCCGUGGUCAACUGCACAGCCAUCAACUGGUUCCACGAGUGGCCAGAGGACGCUUUGGUAUCUGUCAGUGCCCGCUUCCUGGAGGAAACAGAGGGCAUCGAGCCUGAGGUGAAGACCUCCAUCAGCCUCUUCAUGGCCUACGUGCACACCACCGUCAAUGAUAUGUCCAAGCUAUACCUGGCGACCGAGAGGCGCUACAACUACACCACGCCCAAGACCUUUCUGGAGCAGAUCAAACUCUAUCAGAACCUGCUGGCCAAGAAGAGGAUGGAGCUGGUCGCCAAGAUCGAGCGGCUGGAGAACGGCCUCAUGAAGCUGCAGAGCACAGCCUCUCAGGUGGACGACCUAAAGGCCAAGCUGGCGGUGCAGGAGGCCGAGCUGAAGCAGAAGAAUGAAAACGCAGACAAGCUGAUCCAGGUGGUGGGCGUGGAGACCGAGAAGGUCAGCAAGGAGAAAGCCAUUGCGGACGAGGAGGAGAUCAAGGUGGAGGUCAUCAAUAAGAAUGUUACUGAGAAACAGAAAGCCUGUGAAACAGACCUGGCCAAGGCCGAACCAGCGCUCUUGGCUGCACAAGAGGCCCUGGACACCCUGAACAAGAACAACCUGACUGAGCUGAAGUCCUUCGGAUCCCCGCCAGACGCCGUGGUCAACGUCACAGCUGCUGUCAUGAUCCUGACAGCACCUGGGGGCAAGAUCCCCAAGGACAAGAGCUGGAAGGCCGCGAAGAUCAUGAUGGGCAAGGUGGACACAUUCCUGGACUCGCUCAAGAAGUUCGACAAGGAGCACAUUCCCGAGGCCUGCCUAAAGGCCUUCAAGCCGUACCAAGGCAACCCCACCUUUGACCCUGAGUUCAUUCGCUCCAAGUCCACAGCCGCGGCAGGCCUGUGCUCCUGGUGCAUCAACAUUGUGCGCUUCUAUGAGGUCUACUGCGACGUGGCGCCCAAGAGGCAGGCCCUGGAGGAAGCCAACGCCGAGCUGGCUGAGGCGCAGGAGAAGCUGUCCCGGAUCAAAAACAAGAUUGCGGAACUCAAUGCCAACCUGAGCAACCUUACCUCAGCAUUUGAAAAAGCAACAGCUGAGAAAAUCAAGUGUCAGCAGGAGGCGGAUGCCACCAACAGGGUGAUCUCUUUGGCCAACAGACUUGUGGGAGGACUGGCUUCCGAAAAUGUACGCUGGGCUGAGUCGGUGGAGAACUUCAAGAGCCAGGGUGUUACCCUGUGUGGUGACGUGCUGCUCAUCUCCGCCUUCGUCUCCUACGUGGGUUACUUCACCAAGAAGUACCGAAAUGAGCUGAUGGAUAAGUUCUGGAUCCCUUACAUCAAUACGUUAAAGGUCCCGAUCCCCAUCACAGAGGGCCUGGAUCCCUUGACUCUGCUGACCGAUGACGCAGACGUGGCCACCUGGAACAACCAGGGUCUGCCCAGCGACCGCAUGUCCACAGAGAAUGCCACCAUCCUGUGCAACACAGAGCGCUGGCCACUGAUUGUGGAUGCCCAGCUCCAAGGCAUCAAGUGGAUCAAAAACAAAUAUGGCAGUGAGCUGCAGGCCAUCCGCCUGGGACAGAAGAGCUACCUGGACAUCAUCGAGCAGGCCAUCUCAGCAGGUGACACCUUACUCAUCGAGAACAUUGGCGAGACUGUAGACCCCGUGCUCGACCCACUGCUGGGCAGGAACACCAUCAAAAAGGGGAGGUUCAUUAAGAUCGGAGACAAGGAGGUGGAGUACCACCCCAGUUUCCGCCUGAUCCUUCACACUAAGUACUUCAACCCGCACUACAAGCCUGAGAUGCAGGCCCAGUGCACGCUCAUCAACUUCCUGGUCACCAGAGACGGGCUCGAGGACCAGCUCCUGGCCGCUGUGGUGGCCAAAGAGCGCCCAGAUCUGGAACAGCUCAAGGCAAACCUCACCAAAUCUCAGAAUGAGUUCAAGAUUGUGCUAAAGGAGCUGGAAGAUUCUCUGCUAGCUCGGCUAUCCGCCGCGUCGGGGAACUUUCUGGGAGACACUGCCUUGGUGGAAAACCUGGAGACCACCAAGCACACAGCCAACGAAAUUGAGGAGAAGGUCCAAGAGGCCAAAAUCACAGAAGUAAAGAUCAAUGAGGCACGAGAGAACUAUCGCCCAGCCGCAGAAAGGGCCUCCCUGCUCUACUUUAUCCUGAACGACCUCAACAAGAUCAACCCCAUCUACCAGUUCUCACUCAAGGCCUUCAAUGUGGUGUUUGAGAAAGCCAUCCAGAAGACGGCGCCAGCCGACGAGGUGAAGCAGCGCGUGAUGAACCUGACGGACGAGAUCACCUACUCUGUGUACAUGUACACGGCACGCGGGCUCUUUGAGCGGGACAAGCUCAUCUUCUUGGCUCAAGUCACCUUCCAGGUCCUUUCCAUGAAGAAGGAGCUGAAUCCGGUGGAACUGGACUUUCUCUUGCGGUUCCCCUUCAAGGCAGGUGUGGUGUCACCUGUGGACUUCCUGCAGCACCAGAGCUGGGGCGGGAUCAAGGCCCUGUCGGAGAUGGAUGAGUUCAAAAACUUGGACAGUGACAUUGAGGGCUCCGCCAAGCGGUGGAAAAAACUGGUGGAGUCGGAAGCACCCGAGAAGGAGAUCUUCCCCAAGGAAUGGAAGAACAAGACUGCACUGCAGAAGCUGUGUAUGGUGCGCUGCAUGAGGCCGGACCGCAUGACCUACGCUGUCAAGAAUUUUGUGGAAGAGAAGAUGGGCAGUAAGUUCGUAGAAGGCCGGAGCGUGGAGUUCUCCAAGUCCUACGAAGAGAGCAGUCCCUCUACACCGAUCUUCUUCAUCCUCUCCCCCGGGGUUGACCCCCUCAAAGACGUGGAGGCCCUCGGGAAAAAACUGGGAUUUACGAUAGACAAUGGGAAACUCCACAACGUGUCCCUGGGGCAAGGACAAGAGGUGGUAGCCGAGAAUGCGCUGGAUGUGGCUGCCGAAAAGGGACACUGGGUCAUUCUGCAGGUGAGGAGCUCCUUGCCACAGAACAUUCACCUGGUGGCGAGAUGGCUGGGUAUCCUGGACAAGAAGGUGGAACGCUAUAGCUCGGGCAGCCAUGAGGACUACCGAGUGUUCAUCAGCGCUGAGCCUGCUCCCACGGCUGAGACACACAUCAUCCCCCAGGGCAUCCUGGAAAAUGCCAUCAAAAUCACCAACGAGCCUCCCACGGGCAUGUACGCCAAUCUGCACAAGGCACUGGAUCUUUUCACUCAGGACACCCUGGAGAUGUGCACCAAGGAGAUUGAGUUCAAGUGCAUCCUCUUUGCCCUGUGCUACUUCCACGCUGUAGUAGCCGAGAGGCGCAAGUUUGGUGCCCAGGGCUGGAACCGGUCGUACCCCUUCAACAAUGGGGACCUCACCAUCUCCAUCAACGUGCUCUACAAUUACCUCGAAGCCAACCCCAAGGUGCCGUGGGAUGAUCUCCGCUACCUCUUUGGUGAAAUCAUGUAUGGAGGGCACAUCACUGAUGACUGGGACCGCCGGCUGUGCAGGACCUACCUGGCAGAGUACAUCCGCGUGGAGAUGCUGGAAGGGGAGGUGCUGCUGGCCCCAGGGUUUCAGAUCCCCCCAAACCUGGACUAUAAGGGCUACCACGAGUACAUUGAUGAGAACCUGCCCCCCGAGAGUCCUUACCUGUAUGGCCUGCACCCCAACGCAGAGAUCGGCUUCCUGACGGUCACCUCGGAGAAGCUGUUCCGAACCGUCCUAGAAAUGCAGCCCAAAGAGACAGACUCGGGAGCAGGCACGGGGGUGUCACGGGAGGAAAAGGUGAAGGCCGUGCUGGACGACAUCCUGGAGAAGAUCCCAGAGACCUUCAACAUGGCUGAGAUCAUGGCCAAGGCUGCUGAGAAGACUCCUUAUGUGGUCGUUGCCUUUCAAGAAUGUGAGAGGAUGAACAUCCUCACCAAUGAGAUGCGGCGCUCACUGAAGGAGCUGAACCUGGGACUGAAGGGUGAGCUGACCAUCACAACCGACAUGGAAGACCUGUCCACUGCUCUGUUCUAUGACACUGUGCCUGACACCUGGGUGGCCCGAGCCUACCCCUCCAUGAUGGGCCUGGCAGCCUGGUAUGCUGACCUGCUGCAACGUAUCAGGGAGCUUGAAUCCUGGACCACAGACUUCGCCCUGCCCACCACUGUAUGGCUGGCUGGCUUCUUCAACCCACAGUCCUUUCUCACUGCUAUCAUGCAGUCCAUGGCCAGGAAAAACGAGUGGCCCCUGGAUAAGAUGUGUCUGUCUGUGGAAGUGACCAAGAAGAAUCGGGAGGACAUGACCGCUCCUCCCCGAGAGGGCUCCUACGUGUACGGGCUCUUCAUGGAAGGAGCUCGCUGGGACACCCAGACUGGAGUCAUUGCUGAAGCCCGGCUGAAGGAUCUGACCCCAGUAAUGCCCGUCAUCUUCAUCAAGGCCAUUCCUGUGGACCGAAUGGAGACCAAGAACAUCUAUGAAUGCCCCGUAUACAAGACGCGUAUCCGAGGACCCACCUAUGUCUGGACUUUUAACCUGAAGACCAAAGAGAAGGCGGCCAAGUGGAUCCUGGCAGCUGUGGCACUGCUCCUGCAGGUGUAGCCGCACCUACAGCGUGACCAGGCCCGUGCCGACCCUGCCUGAUCCUAAUCAGAAACCUCGCCUAGCAUCCGACACAUUUUACCACUUUUGACUUCUUACAAACCCAGUGCUCCUGGGCUAUGGAACGGGCGGGGGGUGCAUGUAUGUGUACAGAUUAAAACAAUUGCAAUCAUUGUGCCAGUCUGAUGCACUCAGCUCCCAAUGCCACACACAGCAGUGAAGCCUGAUUCCAGCAGCUAAGGGGCCAGCAUCCUGGGAAACCAACCCUGAAUCUCACUUUCAGGGAGCCCAGGAACUUGUCUCGAGCAAGCAGUAGGUGGGGUCAGGGUACAGAACUCACCCUUUGGUCUGACGCAGCACACAAAGUGCCACAGCCAGGGCACGAGGUGCUCCCUCUACACAGUAGCAUCUAUACUGAGCUCAAGAAUAAACAAGAGCCUGCAGUAAUCCCCAUGCCCGCCUUCCUAACGACUGUCCCAGAACUGAAAAAGCCAGCUGUGACAGAGACAGGAGCCACGCAGCCACCAACAGGACCAGAGUAAGGACAACAGGAGCUGUCACCACAUGCUGUGCCCUGGGGUCACGGGUUUCUCCUGCCUGCAGUAGGGCAGCAGUGGUACAGACUAGAGCCCCUCCCCCACCCCACGCCUGUGCUUGUGUCGGUCCCACCUCACCCAGUCAUGCACGUCCUUACAAAUGUUCCGGACCCAUCUGUGGGGUGGCUAUGGGAGCUACUUGGUUUUUUUCCACCUAACAUGUAUGCCCAGGCAUGCACAGACACCCCUUGGGGCCACAGCAGACUGCAACCCCUUUCAACAGCCCUCUUCAGUAGGCACCUGCCCCAGUGAUGAUGGGCUGAGGCCCCGCUGACUGACUGGUUGAAUCUGUUUGUAUCGGAACCAUCAGCAGGAAAGAGAAGCCAAGCCUCAGAGACCAACAGUACUGAUGCCGAACGAACACAGCAAGGUAGCCAGAGUACAAGCAAGCAGCAGGACAUGGGGAGAUAGGCAAGAGGACACUAGGGCGAUGGGAAACAGCCAGCAAAGCCUCUGCUCCAGCAGGACGGGUGCUCCCUGUGAGGCAGGGCACCACUUUCUGGGGUUCUAAGCCUUCAAAGUUGCAAAGCAAAGCUCAGCUCCUUGGCCGCUGCCCCACCCCAGCCUGUCUGAUCUUCUGGGACCAUGUGCCUGAAGGACAGUCACCUUAGGGAAGAGGCCCUGGUACCUGAGCCCCAACCAGGGACAGAGGGACUCUACCCUCCUUGGGGAACCUAGCUGCUGUGCACUGCUUCUGCUGGCCAGGAGGGGGCACUGUAGCUCCCUCACAUGGCACAGCCAGCAGGCUCCAGGCAACGAGUUUCAAUCCCUGGUAAUAACACAAAAUGAGUUUUUUUCAUUUUGCCUUUGAAGCCUGAAAUGAAGCAGUGAUUUACUCCACACAUAGAAAUUGUGAGUUGACAAAAUUAUCUCCAAACGUUCCAAAGGCCGAGCUACCUGCAGGUAUCUGGAACAAAGUGCCAGAGUCGGACUUAAGAGCCCAGAUCUGCAGAGAGGA